ACAGAGGAUAUAAGAAGAGGGAAUUCCAGAUAUCCCCAGCUAUUCCAGAUAUGGCCCAGUGAUCAUCAGUCGCCAUCUCCUCGGCCUCCCGACCGCCUCAGCUCUGCCACACGCAGCACGACAUCUCGCCCCAUACAACGUGCCGUCGCAGGGGGUAUAUACUCUAGUUGCCCACGUUCACCUCCCGUCUCCCCAGCCACCAUGCCCGUCGCCACACCCCACGCACCCCAGUCGUCUCUUGUAGACACCCUCAAGGCCAGCGUCUCCCACGUAGAGCACAAGGAUCACAGCGAGGAGCCAUUCAACCUCCGCGCAUUCGCCCACUUUGACUCGGCCCCCUCCAUCGGCACAGAGUUCCGCGAGUUCUCCAAGGAUGGCAAGCCAGUCAUCGAUAUCCGUGACUUGCUCGGCGACGAGACCAAGCUCCGCGCUCUUGGGCGACUCGUCUCGGAGCGAGGCGUCGUCUUCUUCCGUAACGCCAUCAUCACGCCCGAAGAACAGCGCGUCCUCAUCGACACCCUCGGCCGUCUCGGGGGCAAGCCCAAAGACAGCGGAUUGCAUAUUCACCCGCUUACUGCGACUGCCAGCAAGCUCGGGGACGACGUGCAAGUCAUCUCGAACGAGUAUUCCCACGACUUUGACAAGGGCGGUAUCAAGACCAACCAGGGUGAGAUCUUGAAGCGCGAAUUCGGCAAGGACCUCUGGCAUUCUGAUAUCACGUUCGAGCCUUACCCUUCCGACUAUGCCUCUCUCACGAUCAGGACGUUACCCGAAGUCGGCGGCGACACUCUCUGGGCAUCGGCCUACGAAGCAUACGAUCGUCUCUCCCCCGCUUACCAAACCUUCCUCGAAUCCCUCACCGCCACGCACGCUGCCAAAAAGUUCAUCCCCGGCGCGAUCGCCCAGCGCGGGGACGCCUUCGGCCAGCCGAGGGGCCAUCCCGAGAAUGUCAGCACAGAGCUGGAAGCCGUGCAUCCUGUUAUCAGGACCCACCCAUUGACGGGAUGGAAGGGCCUUUUCGUCAACAAGGAGUUUACGAAAAAGAUCAACGAGCUCACCCAGCGAGAGAGCGAUACGCUUUUGGAUUUUUUGUUUGAACACGUCUCGUCGAACCACGACCUCCAAGUGCGAUUCCGCUGGGAGAAAAACUCGCUCGCGAUCUGGGACAACAGAAUUACGUUCCAUGCUGCUACCAAGGAUACCGACGGGAUCUUGAGAAUCGGCACGAGGUCUGUCAGUGUGGGAGAGAGGCCGUACUUUGACCCCAAGUCGGUUGGGAGGAGGGAGGGGCUUGCAAAGGAAGCGGCGGGAGAAGCUGUCGCCUGAGCGUGUAAAAGACGAAUGGAGACAUUCGAGCUGUAUCUAGGACCAAAGGCCAAGGUUGUACAUACCAAGCAUGAAUUGUAGUAUUGUUGUGCUUUUCACUGGGACCAACGACGG